GGCUAAAACCGCGCGCGGUUUUCAACGCGAAGUAGUUUCAGAUAAGCGCUUCACUGUGAAUGUGAGGAAGUGCGAGAGUAGAUAAAAUGCGUGCUUCUCUACUCACGAAACUCUGUUCAUCUGUUAUCAUGCAUCCGAUUUUCGAGCGAUAAGAGUUUUCGCGGUGAAAAAAUAUGAACUGUCGUACGGAUGUGGUAUCUUUUGAUGAUAACAUAUAAAUUUAAUUUUUUGCAACUGAAAUCGUGAUUUUUUAUCAGAAAAAGUGCGUGCUUUGGAAUUAGUGAAUAGUAUUAAACUUACUCUAUUUCUGAAACUUUCUAUCGAUCUCGUCCAGCGUGAAACUCUGUAAGAAGAUCAAGGAACACUCUGAAUACCAGGAUGGACUCUGAGAAUUGGAGAUGGUUUCCAGAAGCUAGAAAUUUGGAAGACACUUACAUCCUUGGCGAUAUUAUUGCAAGAGGAAGUUAUUCAGAUGUACACAAGUGUCUUUUCAAGGGCAAAGCUGAGCGCAUUUGUAAGAUAUAUAAGAAGGAGCAUCUUGAUUGCAGAAGUGUGAAGACGCAGGCAAUUGUACUUCUGAAAUUAUCACAUCCUAAUAUGGUUCAGAUCAGAGAUGUAUUUGAGACUGAGCAAGAGGUUCAACUAGUGUGCGACUGGCUUACCGGAGUGGAAUUGUUUGAGCGAAUUGUGGAAUGCGGCAACUAUACUGAGUUGGAAGCAGCAAAGGCCAUUCGUGAAAUACUUUCUGCACUACAAUAUAUCCACAGUAGAGGUCUUACACAUGGAGCGGUGAGGCCAGAAAAUCUGCUUUAUGCAUCAUGCUCUUCAAAUGCACAAUUGAAGCUUUCAAAUAUUCCCCUGGCCAAGAAACGUCAUCAGCCCAAACUGAUUUAUGCGGCUCCAGAACUAUUCAAGCUUAAACAGUUGACUCCCGCUGCUGAUAUGUGGAGCAUAGGAAUUCUAUUGUACAUUUUAUUAUGUGGUAUGGAGCCAUCGUUUUCACCGAAUGAGGAUGAUGCUGAUGACCAGAAGUUGGAGUCAGAUGCAGUGUGGUGGGAGGACACAUCUGAGAGUGCGCGAGAUCUGUUCGACUGCUGUGUGAGGCAUUGUCCCGACGACAGAAUCUCAGCCGAGGAUGCCCUAGCUCACCCUUGGAUCACGGGCCAAACGGCCAAAACUUUGCCCCUCGCUUCAACUCAAGUACGGUUACGUGAGUUCAAUGCAAGGCGCAAGUUCAAAGCAGCCACUCAAGCAGUAUUGGCGGCGCAAAAAGCAAUGACACUCAUUUCACCUCAGCGAAGAACAGCUGCUUCUAGAUGAGACCUUCUACAGCAUGCAAUCAUAAAAAUAUCUUCAAUUUCAAGAAUAUCUCUGUAAAUUAACUUCAUCUGAUGUGACUGCAUUGAGUAUUCAGUAUUAUUUAUAGUCCUUGAUUAUUGUAAUUAUCAUUCAAUAUAUAUUUUUGUAUGAGAGCAAACUAA